UAAGUUCAAGUUUCGUCCAUAUGCAAAGCAUAGACACGAACGUUAUUUGUUGUAUUAGUAUCUAGCAAACAGUGAUCGCGAUCGUAUGUGUAGCGAAAGAGUAGCGUAAACGAUUGUUUUGUAUCAUUACCGACCCCAUCCAGUUCGUUUGUUGUGCUGAAAAGACGCAGAAACCGUGAACCAUCUUCAACUUUAACGGGAUGAGGGAUGAGAGACGAUUAGUGAAAUCGAAGCAAAAGGUGGAAGUGUGCUAAUUUCGGAAACGUUGAAAAGAAUUUGUUGAGCUAUUAGCAUCGGAAAGCCGAACAGUAACGAAAUCAUCACCUUUCUUUCAACACCGUUUUACUUCAACUGUUGAGAGGUUUUUUUUCUCUCGUUGUUAUUGAAUUUACGUUUGUCCAGUAAAGUGUCGAAGCAGUGAGUGGAGUUGAGUGAAGAAACGAUAAGUGAAAAUCUAUAUCCAACAAAGUGACAGUUUCUGUGUUUUUUUUAUUGUGUCCAAUUUAUGCGGAAUUAUACAUUAUUUACAUACGAUCACGUGCGUUUCACGGAAAGUGUUGUUUGAAAGCCACGUGUGUGGAAAACUGCUGCAAAAGUUGACUCCGGAAAGGGAGGAAAAAAUAAGGAAAAGGAUCACAAUCACUAAAACCGAUAGCAGUUUGCCUAGUGCAUCAUGGGAACGAAGAUCGAGUACGUUGACUCGAGUCACAUGUACGCGACGAACUACAUCCGCAACUCGAAGGCGAUCGCCGUCCUGUGGGCGAUCUUCAGCAUUUGCUACGCAAUCAUCAGUGUCGUUGCGUUCGUAACACCAGAAUGGGUAGGUGAUGCAGAUUCCGACAUUGGCGGACGGCUUGGUUUGUGGCAAGUGUGUCAAAAAGAUGAUCUCACCGAUAGCUGCACGGGCCGUCUAGAGGAACUGUUAGAAAUGCAAUCCAUAGCGUUUCAGGUUGCAACCGUAUUUUGUGGCUUAGCCGUUGCCACUUCUGUGCUGGCGAUCUGCUGCCUACUGCUGAUGGUGUUCAUGAAGUCAACGACCGUUUUUCAUCUCUGCGGCUGGAUGCAGAUGCUUUCCGCCCUCUGCAUGGUGAUUGCAUGCGUUUCGUUCCCGUUCGGUUGGAAUUCGGACGAGUUCCGUAAGAUUUGCGGCCCAGAAUCGAACCGAUUCGAGGUAGGACUGUGCAGUUUGCGCUGGGCCUAUCCAUUGGCGAUUAUUGCUUGUAUUGAUGGAUUCAUUUUGGCCACACUAUCCUUCAUACUUGCGACACGACACGUCCGCCUACAACCGGAACCGCAGUACCAAAGCAGAGAAAUCAACAAUGCGUACGUUACGGAUGUGGCUAGUAUCGCUGGCUCACGGAAGUCGCUUAAUCUUCAACCCGUGCUGUUGGUGGCACCUCCGCAUAUAAUAUUCUAACAGAAUAAAUGUUAAGUUUCCCCAACCGCAACCCGGACACGAUCGAACGUUUAUGGUAGAGCCUAGAGUGAAUGUGCAAUUUCCUCGCAAGUGUAAAUGAUGAAAGGCUUUCCAAGAUAUGUCCGGCCUGAUGUGGAAACACGAUGUACAGAGUGAUGUGUGUAGCCUAUGCCAAUUUUGAUUGAUCCUUUUCUUUCCUCGUACGAAUGUUUUACGUAGACCCUAGUAGGGUGUAAGGAUUUUAGCUUUCCGGGUAUGUUAUGUUGUAUGUGCCUGCGCUACAUCCCGAAGAUAUAGGACCUAUGCAGUAUGCAGAAUGGCUUAGCAGUAAGCCAAAUCCUUAGGUUAUUACUUUUUAAGAUGAGUAAUACAUAUUUAUUCAAGCUUUAACGGUACGUUCACAAAAGAGAUUUAUUGUUUCUUUCGAUACUUACGACGGAUGUGGACUUUCAUGAAUUUUCCUAACGACCUGUCCUGUGUAUUGUUUUCUAGCGCGAGGCGAAAAUUAAAAUCGAGAUAGUACUGCUGCUUAGAACUGAUGUGAGCUUUCAUUUUCCAUACGUUUUAAAACUGCAUGAAUGUUAUUAUGUUUAGUUGUUUUAAGUUUUAAACAUUAUACCUACCACAAAUGUGAACCAUAAUACAAUAAAUGUUGGCUUUUACAACGAAAUCAAAUUAGUGUUGUGUGGUUUAUUGCAGCAAAUGCAGUUAGUUUGCGGGAACAGUAGGAUGAUUAUUUUAUAUUUUGCUGCUUAAUAACGGCCAGUCUCUAUCCCGACUUAUUUUACCACGUAGCAUGAUGGUCAGUCUUUGCUACGGGGGACGAUUCGGAAGGGAUUUGAUACUCGGUCCUUCCAUGUGGACCGUUGUGGUUUAUCACAUACACCACCGGGAUGCCCCCAGUAUGAUUAUCUUUACAAUCAACAAAAAUUAAUGAAGGCUGUCUGCAUUGAAAUAAGAAUAAUGGAUGGGAAUAUUGAGAAUCUCUUAUCUUUUU